AUGGCUGGUAUCGGCCUGAUGUACAUGAACCCCGCCGUGUCUCGGCAUUUGUUUAAUCCUAGCAAACCUGUGACUAGAGGCAAAAAACCCGACCAAGCUUUACGGAUAGAACUCACUCUUCGUAACGAGGCGACAGGGUUCACCGCUACGUACAAGGUUAGCGACGCUAAGGAUCUUCGGGCAGUUUUCAGAAUUUUCUGCAAGGCUCAAGCUCCCGAAAAUCCAGCAUUUGGACGAUAUGCAUUCUAUUAUGGAGAUAAAAUAGUGACGGAAGACAACUGUCCCUACGAUCUCGACAUGAACGACGGUUCCCAUGAUUGGCGUGAUAACCCGGAUGUGAAUGCAACAGUACCUUAUGAGUACAAGUCGGCAUGGGAGUUGAAACAAGAUGUGUGGAAGAGAGAACAGAGGUCUAAAAUUAUUGAUAGAAAAAUGGGAAAAAAUAUGGGAAAAACUGUUGUGAGUGAAGGAGUAGAGGCGGAGAUGGUAACGAGGGGAAGGGAGGCUGAUCUUGGUGAUGACGAUACGCUGAAGGGCAUUGCUGAUCGAAUACAAGGUCGAGAGAGCGAUUGGAGGCAUCCCUUGGCUGAGUUGGAAAAUGGUGAACAUGAUGCAAUGAGUCAAGUCAUCUACCCCGCCACAGAAGAGGAUAUAGAGAUACUCUCUGAAGCUCAUCACCGAUAUAUAGAUCCACACGAAUGUGAAGCUGGUAUACGCCUCGUUGGAGAAGGACAAUUCUGCGCAGCUCGAGAGAUUCCUUCUGAGGGAGUGUUCGGAGUGGAUGGGCUUGGCAGUGAAAGCGCAUUGGUUGUAAUAGGGGUGGCAGGUCUCGGGUUCGAAUCCUGGUAUCAAGCGAUUGUGAGUGAUGGUGUAUCUAUUACUGGUAAACAUAUGCACGACGAGGCUGGCCGGAUGAUGGUGGGAUGCGAGGAGGCGGUCUUGGCUGGUGAUAAGCCGUUGAGAGACU